UCUGAUGAUCAUGGACGUCAAGGUUUUGACUUUGCUUUCUGUUUUUCUUCUUUAUGGGACUUUACCUUCAUGUCGAGCAGAGAAGCACUCUCUGUAUUACAUCUACACCGUUUUGUCCAGACCUGUGGAUCUGCCAGGCAUUUAUACGUUCUCUGCUAUGGGUCUGGUAGAUGACAGACAGAUUGAUUCUUAUAACAGCAAAGACCAGAGAAAGAUUCCCAAACAGCAGUGGAUGAAGGAGAAAAUGCAGGAGGAUUACUGGGAGAAAGGCACUCAGUCAAGAAAGAACAAAGAGCAGUGGUUUAGUGUGAACGUCAACAUACUGAUGGACCGCAUGAGACACAAUGCAUCAGAUGGAAAAUGCAAGAACUGCCUGCCAAACCUAAAUUGGAUCUGCGUAGUGGCUGGAGCUGUGCUUAUGCUGGGCGUCGUUGCUUUACUGCUUCGAGUCUUCCUGAAGAAAAAGACCAUUGGUGAAUGA